AUGAGGAAGAGGAUGACGUGGAAGACAUUGAGGUUCUGGCAGUGGAGAAAAGGCACUCUUCCUCCAAGAAGACAGUUAUGACUAUUAUUCUAAAGCAUUGCACCCCGAUUCACCAGCAUUAUUACUACACCGCCCCUUCCCUAUACAUUGAAAGUGAAGAUGCCCUGCCACAGGAAAAGCUAAAAAAUGAGGUGCCCCAUGUCACAAAACCCAUGAUCCAACCAGAGUCUAAGAGUUCAAGUCCUCAAAAUGCAGAGUCAGAGGAUAGCAAACGUCUACGCCUCAAUUGUCUGGAACGUCAGCGGAAUAAGGAUCUGCGGUCUAGUUUCCUCACAUUAAGGGACCAUGUACCUGAACUGGUUAAAAAUGAGAAAGCCGCAAAAAUACUCAUCUGGAAUAAAGCCACUGAUUAUAUCCAUUCCCUUCAGGCAGAGGAACACAAGUUAUUGCUAGAAAAGGAAAAAUUGCAAGCCAGACAACAGCAGUUGCUAAUGGAAAUAGAACACAUGGAGACUUGCUAAACUUUUUUUUACCUGACCUGGACAGUCACUGCCACUUUGCUCAUUUUUGAUUCUUUAAAAAAAUAAUUGUGUUUUUUGAUGUUAAUGUUGUUUUACUUUCGAUCCAAUCCUUGAAGUAGUUAACGAACUAUA